AUGGCCGUCAAUGCAGCGAGCGACAAGGGCUUCCCGGGCUUUGAGCAGGUGACGGAGCAGAUCUGGAUUCAGCGUGUGGACGAGCCGACGACUGCUGCUGGCGAUCAGCCGACGACGGUGCUGCUGUUUGGCUGGGGCAAUGGACAGCCGCGCCAUGUGGCCAAAUACGCGGCCGGCUUCCGCGUGCUGUUUCCGCAGGCGACCAUUGUGGCCGUGCUGUCGCCGAUUCUGCAGGCCAUCAGCCAGGGCGUUGACGAUCGCACCGAGGCGAUGCGUCCGCUGGUGGACCUGGUAUGGGGACCGGCGAGCCUAAGCCAGCGUGACGUCGAUGAGCGUAUCCUGGUCCACGUCAUGUCCAACGGCGGCGGCAUCUUCUAUGCGGCUACGCUGAACGCGUAUGCGCGCAGCCAUGGCGCCGCCAUGCCGCACGACCUGCUCGUCUGCGACUCCACGCCCGGCGGCGAUGCCAUCGGACCCAAUCUCUGGUGCUGGGCGCGCGCCGUGGCCCUGGGCGUCGCCGCCUACCUGCCGGGCGUCCCGUUUGUCUUCACGCAGGCGCUGUGUGCGGGCUUUCUGGCGAUUCAUCACGUGACCGAACACGUGAUCAUUCGCCGCGAGUCGGCCGCCACGUUUAGUUGCCGUCUGGUCAACGACCAGGACUACGAGACGGCAGCGGCCCACCGGCUCUACCUCUACUCGGCCGAGGACGACAUCGUCCGGUGGCAGGACGUGGUGGCGCACGCGGCCGACGCCCGCCAGAUCGGCUACGACACCACGCUCGAGCGCUUUGCCGGCAGCCCACACGUCGGCCACAUGCGCCAGCACCCGGAGCAGUACUGGGGGGCGAUCGAACAGGCCUGGGCGCACUCGUGGAAGGGCAAGGGGGCGAAUAGAGGAUAG